AUGGCCGACCCAAUGGAUGGCAUCAAUGAGCUCUUGGCUCGCCACCGCGGUCAGCGCGUUCCGGAUAAUGCAACUGUAGAGAUCUACAAAGACGAGCUACGAGCUCGUGACCAGACAGUAGAAGACAUGCGAACGAAAAUCCUGCAGCUGCAAGAUCUCAUUGAUGAGCUCAAGGACCAGAUCGCAGAGCUCAAGUCCAAGAAGAAGCGCUCCAAGGGGGCUGCGUCCAGCCCUGCUGUUCUCGAGCAUGCGACCAUCAUCGAGUCACGCGCCCGGCUGUAUCUCAAGAUGUUUGGCCUGUGGAUCUCUACCGCCGCACUCAAUACCCCUAUCACCUUUGAUCCCAGGUGUGAUUUGUUUAGAGAGAGCCGCUUCACUAACGAGGAUGAUGAACUUCAAGCCGAAGCGGAGCAAGUGCACAUGGUAUAUCAUCUGUUACCCAGUGCUGCAGACGGCACCAACGCGCAGCGGGACGCAAUCACGGCACUUAUUGGGCGGUCUCCAGGUUUCACGGACCUAUUCUCAGCAACUAUGAACAGCCACCGGUAUACUUUCACUAAUUCAAUGGGAAAGGCCAUGGCCCUACGCCCACCUCCUGGCAUCGGUCAAGCCGCUUGGACGAACCGAGCAACCAUGGCCAGCGACCCUGUUGCACAACGGCUUCGCGGGGAUGUGCAAAACAACUGGCCACCGGUUCUCUUCCGGGAAGACCGCAUCAAUCAGAUCAAUGGCUUGUAUAUGGACGAAUGGCUUCCGAAGUUGGCAAGGUUUUGUCUCUUCGGACCAACCUCUGUCGAUAGCAACGUUCCGGGUAAUGCUGGGGCGUUAGAAUGGCGAUGGUGCUGGAUCACGCCACAAUUAAUAGCAUCAACUGGAGUACUAAACACGAGCAAUUCUUACAUCAAACUGAUUAAGGUCAUUUUUUGGCUCUCUGGAGAUGCCCAGCUGCUCCCCAUGGGCUGUGAACCAGUGAAACGGGCGUAUCAAGACAUGUGGAAGGCACAUUGCAAGAUGCUCAUCAAGGAGUGGAAUCACCAGCUAUUGCCAGCGCGUCGCCUUUGGCAAUCCAUUGUUUUCCACGGUGUACGGGGCGCUGAAGCAUAUUCAUCAUCGCAGAAUGCUCAGACUUCGUCCGGCUCUGAGCCGGAUCCUGAUUUCGGUUCGAACAAUGAAUUCCUCGAAAAUUAUGAGCGAUGCAUGUCGUUGAACGAGAGCAAUAUGCGGAACACCAGCAGGCCUCCAAGUCCCGCUUCGCUGCAUAUGCCUAUAUUUAAUUUGUUCGUAUUUGUACUGACAACUGGCUUUUCGUACACUCUCAGCUUCCCAUUUGUCCUCAGCCUCCCGCACAUCAUCGGCUUUACCCUCCUUGGCAGCACCGGUGGUCAGCCGGAGUGCACUUUCACAUGA